AUGCAAGCAGAACAUCCGGAAGAAGCCAUUGCUGAGAAGAUCUUGAAGCGGGCCGAAAUCGCGAGGAUUACUCGGCAACUCAAAAGCAAGCUUUUCAGGGCUGGCAUGAAAGUUAGAGAAAGCCAGGGAAAGACUGCAAAUUCCUCCUCCCCGCCUAUAUGGUCCUCUCCCACUAGAACCUCCGACCCACUCGACAAGGGGACUUCCCCUUCCACGUCUCCUAUGAAGCGAAAAUCUUCUGAGACAGGAGACGAUUUCUCAUCGCCCGUGAAACGCCUCCAUCACGCAAACAUUCCAUCGUCACCAUUCUAUCCUUCCAAUAACGACAUUGGAUACGCGUCAGCUGACAAGUCACCUCACCAACAGAAGAGCGAGCUAGUACCAAUUCCAAAAACACCGCCUUCGAACAACAAAGCCAUGCUCGACGACAUAGCUCUUCAAAAAACGUCGAAUGGCACCAAGGAAAACGCAGCCGGGUCCGCACAGUCGGCGCUACAAUCGGCAUUAUUUUCCACGCCUAAGAGUACUCGUACGAAAAAGAACUUUGAUUUCAAAACUCCUAAUUCCAGGUACGUCAACGAGAACGAAGAAGGAGCAGACCUGCUGCUUUAUUUGUCGAAUUCGCCGGCUAGAACUUCCAACUCUAGAGAAGCCAAAGACUCCAGCAGCUUCCUCAACAUUCCUACAACGCCUAAAUCCAACCACGCUUCGAUGCUCAAUUUGAACAGCACACCUAACCUGGGGAUUGAGUCUACGCCGCCACGAAACAGCUCUUCUGCAUUGCCAUUCUCGACACCGUCGCUUCUGCAGCCACCAAGCACACCUGGAAAUGGCAGUAUACUCGGUGCCAAGCUGUUUGGCACCACGAAAAAUGGCUCCAGGACCCCAGCAUUUAGUAUGUCUGAUUACGUGAGCAUUUUCACACCAAGCCCAAGACACACGCGCACACCAGAAUUUUCGCACGGGUUCGUAAAGCCUGCGGUGCUCAGCUACUCAAAGGAAUUGAACGGAAUAACAAAGAACGACGAAAACUAG